AUGACGAGUGGAGCUAUCGGACUCGACUUGGCUGAGGUGUCCAAGUCUAACGCGCCUCAAGUCCUUGACGUCCCUGCGGCCCCGGGACUCAUCAACGAGAAGAACGAGAAGACCCUCGUCAUUGACGACAGGCCCGUUCUCACUUCCGACGGCUCUCUGAGAGGUCCCGAAGGGGAAGAGUACCCCACGGCGGAAGAAAUCGAGAAAUUGCGUCGUGUCUGCGGUGUCGUUCCAUUGAGCGCCUACACAAUUGCCUUUGUCGAACUCUGCGAGCGAUUCUCCUAUUAUGGGACUACGGCCGUGUUCGUCAACUUCAUUCAGUACCCUCUUCCUGAUGGAUCAACCACUGGCUCAUCCGGCACCGAUAGACAAUCGGGCGCUUUGGGUUUGGGCCAGCGAGCAUCGACCGGCUUAACCACCUUCAACUCCAUGUGGGCUUAUUUCAUGCCCCUGGUGGGUGCCUACAUGGCCGACCAGUACUGGGGGCGAUACAAGACAAUUCAGAUCUCCAUCUUUAUUGCUAUCGUCGGUCACAUCAUCCUCAUCAUCUCCACCAUUCCGUCAGUCAUUGCCCACCCCGAUGGCUCCAUCGCUGCCUUCUCCAUAGGUCUGAUCAUCUUCGGUGUCGGAGUCGGUGGAUUCAAACCCAACAUCUCCCCUCUCAUUGCCGAGCAGUACGAGUCCAAGCACCCGCAACAGUACAUCAAGAUCCAGAAGAGCGGCGAGCGGACCAUUGUCGAUCCGACAAUGACCAUCUCGCGUAUCUAUAUGUACUUCUAUCUCAUGAUCAAUGUUGGGGCUUUGAUCGGCCAGAUCGGCAUGGUCUACGCCGAAAAAUACGUUGGGUACUGGUUAGCGUUCGUUCUGCCGACUAUCUUGUUUCUGUGCUGCCCUACUAUUAUGUUCUUGAUGCGCAACAAGUAUGCGAGACGACCACCCACUGGCUCCGUACUGGCCAAAGCGCUUCAGCUCUGGGGAUUUGCUAUGAAGGGCCGCUGGUCCGUUAACCCCGUGACAACGUUCAAGAAUAUGCGCUCGGAUGACUUUUGGGAAUCUGUGAAACCAAGCAGACUAGGGUCGAAUAAACCGGUAUGGAUGACUUUUGACGACGUCUGGGUCGACGAAGUCCGCCGAGGUCUCAAAGCCUGCACUGUCUUCCUCUGGUACCCGGUGUACUGGCUCGCUUACAAUCAGAUGACCAAUAAUCUGGUCUCUCAAGCCGCAACCAUGGAACUCCACGGCGCCCCCAACGAUCUCAUCAACAAUAUUGACCCUAUCGCUCUCAUCAUCUUCAUUCCCAUCUGUGACAUGUUCAUCUAUCCAGGCCUCGAACGCAUAGGGAUUCGCUUCACGCCGCUGAAGAAGAUUGCAUGGGGCUUUGUCACCGCCGCUCUUUCCAUGAUUGCAGCAUGCGUCACCCAGUACUACAUUUAUAAGAUUGGGCCUUGCGGCAAAUAUCCCUCUGAAACGACCUGCUCGGGCCCUGCUCCCAUCAACGUCUGGGUUCAAACUAUUCCGUACCUCCUUAUCGCCUUCUCCGAGAUCUUCGCCUCCAUCACCGGCCUAGAGUAUGCUUUCACCAAAGCACCGAAGAAUAUGCGCUCGGUCGUCACGGCAGUAUUCUUAUUCAUGAGUGCUGUUUCAUACGCUAUAGGAGAAGCUUUCGUCUCUCUCUCUGCUGACCCUCUCCUGGUUUGGAACUACAUGAUCAUUUCAAUUUUGGCUGCAAUUGCUGGAGCUGCUUUCUGGCUUGCACAUCGCAAGUUAGACGCUGAGGAGGAUAAACUGAAUUUCAUUCCCGAGAGUUCUUUCAAGGGUCGGCAAAUGAGUCAGGGUGGUCAGGCUGCUUGA